AUGGAAGUCGAUCAUGUUGACACCACCAAUCAGCAGGGUCAGUUGGAUGGCCACAGAGACCACAGAGAACAGCGUCGUUUGACGUCGAACGCCACCGUUGUUGGACUCGGCUUUGGACAAUCAGACGCCUCAUGCACUCGGCGGCCUUACGUGGUUCCGACAGCUUCAGUUUGCCAACCAACCGAGCAAGCUGCUUGUGCAAAUGCUCUAUUGGCGAUGGCUCUGGCUUUGGAACCAGAGAUAAAGGUACUCCUCCCUCUGUACACCCAACCGGUCACUCAUUCCGUCGUUCACCACAUUCAGACGAGAGGUCCCCGUGUCCAUGCCAACCCGCGCCGACUUCAUCCGGCAAAUCGUCCUGUUGGGCCCCAAAGGAUCUUCAGAAGUUAUAGAGUUGGCGAUAUUGUUCACACACUGAAGCAAUCAGGACAUCAAGUGGCUCUUGCUCGUACGCUGGAUUCCCUCUGCGUUGGCGUGUGCUGUCUCUCGGAAAUAAGGUUACAUGUUACGAGUAUCGUAACUGAACUGACUACCCCCUCGCUUUCCUCUCGGUUCCGGUUGCGCGCCUCUGGUGAUGCAGAGGCCGCUGCAGCUGGAUACGCCGGGGUCGAUAUUGCACUAAGCGACCGAGUGGGAGCGUCCCUGCUUAAUAGGAUACCCUUUGGUAGUUGGCGUCGUCGUCGCCUCUGUGCGGUUCGUCUGGCAACGUCUGUGAAGGAGUCUCACAAGCGGCAAGUUGAUAGAUGUCUGUUUAUCGUGUCUGCCUAUGCCCCAACUGAUUGUAGCUCUGACAUCGUCAAAGACAGGUUUUACGACGCCCUGAGUGCUCUGCUGCGGCGAGCAAAAAGCUCAGACAUUGUGGUGGUUGCCGGAGAUAUGAAUGCGCAAGUGGGCAGGCUUAGUGCAUCUGAGACUCAACUGGGAGGUCGACAUGAACUGGACUCGGUACGCACGGACACUGGGGAACGAUUGCUUCAGCUUUGUGCUGAUCGCAGGCUGUUUUAUGCAGUACUAACUUCCGGAAUAGCCGAAGUCGUCUGGCCAGUUGGUGUCCUCCAACAACAGGCCGGCCACAAACUCAAAUCGACCACAUUGCCAUCAGUUACCGAUAGCCUUCUCAGUUUGCUCACCUUGCAACGCCUAGACCACCGGUUCACGGUACAAAAAAACCUUGAUUUGCGUCGUCUUCUGGUUGGCGAUAGUCGACUCAUCUCUUCCAUAGUCGAAUUCGUGGAAGAUUCUUUCGCUGCAUUCCUUCAGUCGGUCAGCUACCUUCCUCUGACUCCGGUAGCGAGAGACGCUUGUUCACAGAUCAUUAGUCAGUCAGUGAAAUCACGUGUCGUCGUCUUUGGCCUUCUGCUUCACCGCAAUCAUCUAGUCAGCUUGGUCCGAAUGAAAGGUCAUGAGCUUCAUCCGGCCGACAUACACUUGAUCAUCAAUCUGUUACGGGCAAACUAUAGUGGCAUAGAUGAUGAUUUGAACUUCCCACCCACUCCCGUCUCUUCUCACAGCGGCUUCCUCUAUGCUAAUAUCGCGUUCCUCGACAAUCACACAUCUUCGGUGCUUUUGUCUGUCGACAGUACUCAGUUCUAUGCAUUGGAAGAAGCAAAGGAUGCCAUCUUUGAUCGACUCAAAUCUACGAACGGUGGUGAAUACGUAACAGCCAUCACUACUACGCAGUUUCCUUCGGUUCGUGAUAUCGGCGUUCCAGAACUACGGCAUUUAGUGUGUAAAUACCUCCCUACGGCUCAGUACGUAGCCACCGAGUGGACUGUUCCCUAUUUGGAUCCCCAAUCGGAUGGCGCCAGUUGCAGCGUUUCAGGCGAUUCCCAAAUCUCGGAGACUAGCGCUCUACGAGCAAAAAUUCUGCAAGCCUACCGGAGAAUGUACUGCCGACUGCACAAUCGGCGUUAUAACAUUCGGCUCAUUUAUCAGUCCACUCCGACGGAAGUAUUUUUUGCUUGGCUUGGCAAAUCCUUGGCCACAAUAGCAGCAAGCUUUCUAUUUGUUUACCUUGGCGGCUAUAUCGGUGCCGGUGAUCUCGGCAAAGAUAAUACUUCCACCCGGAUUGGGAAGACCGGGUCAGCUUUUUUGAACCUGCGUCACCUGUGGCGUAGACGUGAUAUCAGCUUUUCUUUCAAGGGUGGAGUUUGCAAUGCUGCGGUGCGCUCCAUAUUACUAUGUGGAUCAGAAAGCUGGCCGCUUCGCGCUGAGGACGUCAAAAGACUUUCAAUGUUUGACCAUCGAUGUCUUCGGAGCAUUGCCCGAAUCUUGUGGGAACACCGGAUCAGCAAUGCUGAAGUUCGUCGAAUGAUAUUCGGAGGAACUAACUCACCUACGAUAGAUGAACUGAUCACAUUGUAUGGUUGCGCUGGUUUGGAUACGUGCUACUACCGCUCGACUCCAAAUCCAUCUACACCGGAGGGCAAAUCGCCUGAAGAGACACCAUUCUACCGCAUUCCUCGAAGAACCUUUGAUCCUCUGGAACCUCCGAAAGAGGAAGCGGCAUCAUCAAAUCAGAAAAUGGAGUCUUAG